AUGGAGCUUAAUCAGAAACCAACUAUGAUAGAAUAUGACAAACAUGUAGGACACAAUGGAGAUGAGGAGCUACAGGAUGUGGCAAGUUAUCAAAGACUAGUAGGAAAACUACUCUAUCUUACUAUCACACGACCUGGCAUUUACUUUGAAGUGCAAGUGUUAAGUCAGUUUAUGCAACAUCCUAAGAAAUCUCACUUAGAUGCUACACUUAGGGUGGUCAUGUAUAUUAAAGGUUCUCCUGGUCUUGGUAUCUUCCUCAAGAAGGGUCGUAUCUCUCAGCUUUCUGCCUUUUGUGAUUCUGACUGGGCAGCAUGCCCCAAUACAAGGAAGUCUAUCACUGGUAUAUCAACAGUUAAUCUUCACAAUGACAGUAAAGCUGAUCUUCAAAUUGCAGCAAAUUCCUUUUUUCAUGAAAGGACAAAGCACAUCGAGAUAGAUUGUCACUUUGUCCGGAAAAAAAAUCAAAAAUGGAUUACUUGCACCUCAUUAUAUUUCGACAAAGCUUCAGCUAGCUGA